CUCGGCUGGCCAAAAAAAGAACGCGGAGCAGUAGGAGGGAGGUGAAGAAGAAGAAGAGGAGGAGGAAGAGGAGGAGGAGGUUGGAAUAGUGAAAUUUAAACAGAGGUGUGCGGCUGACACAUCACUGCUGCCUUUGCUGUCCGCUUGGCUCGCAGCGAGUGAGGAAGAUCGGGAUCAACUUCACGGGACGAUGUGUGCUGACAGGAUGGUGAUGACGGACCUGUUGAAAGCGGAGGAGAUCAAGAAAGCUCUUGAUGCCUUUGCAGCAGAGACGUUCGACCCUAAAAAGUUCUUCGACUUGGUGGGAAUGACGGCCAUGUCGGCCGAGAGCGUCAAGCAGGUCUUCCGGGUUCUGGAUGUGGACGGAAGCGGCUUCAUAGAAGAAGAGGAACUCAAGUUCGUGCUGAAGGGCUUCUCCAAGGACGGCAGAGACUUGACAGACGAUGAAACAAGAGUGUUCCUCAAAGCCGCGGACAAAGAUGGCGACGGCAAGAUCGGCAUUGAUGAGUUUGAAGCCAUGGUGCAUGAGUAGGAAGCAGCAGGACGUUCUUCUCCAUCUCCCUGCAUUCAUAGUUCGUACCCACCAUAAUCAAGCACCUCUGACAACGCAUGGAGUCGGACCGGCCUGACCGCUCGCCUACGACAACAGGCUACGUCCUACGGGAGGUGUCAUCAGAUUUAGGUUUUAAUGUCUUUGGUCCCUGAGGAGCUCGUGAAGAAAGCUUGGUGCUAGUGCUGUUUUAUUCCAAUUGAUAAUUUCCAUGUCUGUUAAUUUUACGUUUUGUUCACAUGCCGGUGCACCUCCACAAUCCUUCUCUUCACCACACACCCUUCUUAUCCACCUUUAGACGACACAAAACACGACGAAGAAGUGAGAGAAGACAAUGAUAAAUGAAAAUAAAGAGUAUUGAGUAA